CCAGAGGCUGUUGUUUUGCCGUUAUAUAAAGCAGCAAGCAAAUAAAUGACGUGUGAAAGGAAGCAAGCGUCUCCCGAGACAAGCGGCGACUACGUGACCCCAAACGGCUAUGAGCUGGACAAAAUCCUCAACCGUGGCUGCCCGGCGUACACGCCUUACAGCGAGGUGUGGCCUCAGGUCUACAUUGGCGACGAGGACACAGCGAAAGACAAGCUGAAGCUGAAGAGGCUGGGCAUUACGCACGUCUUGAACGCAGCGGAGGGCACGUGGAACAACGUGGACACCGGAGCUGGUUACUAUGGCGACAUGGGCGUGGUCUACCACGGCGUGCUGGCCGCAGACACCCCGACAUUCGACCUCAGCCAGUAUUUUUUCUCAGCAGCCCGGUUCAUUGAAGACGCGCUGAUGGACCCUCAAUACAAACUCCUUGUCCACUGCGUGAUGGGGAGGAGUCGCUCGGCCACGCUGUUCCUCGCCUACCUGAUGAUCUGCCAGGACAUGACGCUGGUGGACGCCGUUGAGCAUGUGAAGACUCGCAGGAGAAUCAUGCCCAACUGGGGCUUCCUGAAGCAGCUGAGGGCGCUGGACGAGCGCCUCCUGCAGCGGCGCAAAGAAGAGAGUCAGCCGACAGAGAGAGAUGAGUCACAGUCGAGAGGAGCGUGAAAAGAAAAAAAGAUGCCAGGAUUCCAAAUGUGUGUUAUUGUCUCGUCUUGCAUUUUCAGGCUAAAUGAAAG